AGUUUUGGAAGGCUUGUGGCAGCUUUAUUUUGGGCAUUAUUGGAGAUCAAGAUUGAGGAUAUUAGUGCAUGACCCGUAGUAGUGGUGGUGAUCUUGUUUCAUUUGAUCCAGAAAUUGAGAGAACUUUUAGAGAGUUCUUAAAAGAGCAAAAGCAUAACAUCAUGGCAGAAGAAGGUGAAGGACAAAAUAAUGCACACACUCUUGGUUCAUAUGCUACCCCAUCCCUUGAAGGAAUAGCAUCUAGCAUUAGGAGGCCAACGAUUCAAGCCAAUAACUUUGAAAUCAAACCAGCUAUCAUUCAAAUGAUCCAACAAACUGUCCAAUUCAGUGGUUUGCCUAAUGAAAAUCCUUAUUUGCAUAUUGCUAGUUUUCUUGAAAUUUGUGAUACUUUUAAGGCUAAUGGUGUUAGUAAUGAGUCUGUUAGGCUUACAUUAUUUCCAUUUUCUUUGCGUGAUAAAGCCAAGAGUUGGCUUCAAUCUUUUCCUGCAGGCCAUUUUACCGUAUGGAAUGUUUUGGUAGAUAAAUUCAUAGCUAAUUUUUUUCCUCCUUCGAAAAUAGCUAAGUUGAGAGAUGACAUUACUACUUUCGUUCAAUUUGAUAAUGAGUCAUUAUAUGAGGCAUGGGAAAGAUUUAAGGAACUGCUUAAGCAAUGUCCAAAUCAUGGUUUACCUGUUUGGCUCCAAGUGCAGACUUUUUAUAAUGGUAUGACUACUCCUAAUCGUUCUAUAAUUGAUGCAGCUACAGGGGGUAAUCUUAUGAAUAAGAUAGAGGAGAAUGGUUAUAAGCUGUUAGAUGAAAUGGCCUCUAAUAGCUAUCAAUGGACUAAUGAUAGAGCUACCAAAAAGGGAGUUGGUUUACAUAAUGUUGAUGCUUUUACUUCUUUAUCUGCUCAAAUUUCUGCUUUGAAUAAAAAGUUAGAUAAUUUAGGAGCGUCAGCUAUGAGUAUUUCAUCUAAUAGUUGUUGUGAAUUGUGUGGGCAAUUUGGUCAUGCUAGUGUUGAAUGUCAAGUGGGUAAUUCAGUUCAAUCUUCUAAUGAGCAAGCUAAUUUUGUUUCUUCUGGUGGUAGGUCUAAUUUUAAUCCAUAUUCCAAUACCUACAAUCCAGGAUGGAGGAGCCAUCCUAAUUUUUCAUGGAGUAAUAAUCAAGUGAGAGUACCACCAGGUUUUCAGCAACAAAAUCAGCAAGAAAAGAAGCCAAAUUUGGAGGAGUUGGUGCACAAAUUUUUUAGUAGUACAGAAGCACGGUUUCAAAAUCAAGAAAUAAGAGUUCAAGGGGGUUUGCCAAGCAAUAGUGAAAAGAAUACAAGGGAGCAAUUGAAGGCUAUCACUUUGAGGAGUGGGAAAGAACUUAAAGAGGUAGGACAAUCUAAUGGGAAAGAAGGUGUGGAAGCUGGUGAAUCAAAGCAAGAGGAGGAGCCUAAAAGACUUUUUCAUGAUCCGAAUAUGCCAAGCUAUGCAAAAUUUUUGAAGGAGAUCCUUGCCAAUAAAAGGAAGUUAGAGGAGUUCGAGAUGGUGAAGUUAAAUGAAGAGUGUUCUGCUAUUCUUCAGAAUAAGUUACCUCCUAAGUUGAAGGAUCCAGGGAGUUUUUCUAUUCCUUGUAUUAUUGGCAAUGUUAAUUUUGAUAAGGCUUUGUGUGAUUUGGGUGCUAGCAUUAAUUUGAUGCCUUUUCACGUAUUUAGGAAACUUGGAUUAGGAGAACCUACACCUACCACAGUUUCUCUUCAAUUGGCAAAUAGGAGCAUUAAAUAUCCAAGAAGAGUGGUAGAGGAUGUUUUGGUAAAAGUUGACAAAUUUAUCUUUCCUAUUGAUUUUAUUGUUCUUGACAUGGAAGAGGAUUUUGAAAUGCCUUUAAUUCUUGGUAGACCAUUCCUUGCUACUGGUAGAGCGCUUAUUGAUGUUCAACAAGGGAAACUUAGCCUUAGAAUACAUGAUGAGGAGAUUGUUUUUAAUGUGUUUGAUGCUAUGAAAAAUUGUAAUCAUGAUGACAGUACUAUUUUAAGGAUUGAUGUGGUAGACAAUGUAGUGGCUGAAAAUUUUAAUGCUUCUAGAUUAGAUGAUCCUAUUGAUAAUUGCAUUGUUAAUGCUUUGGAUGUGAAAGUUGAUAGUGCAGACAAUAACAUUUUGGAGGCAGCAGCUAUUCUUGGGGAAAAAUGCCAUAGGCAGCCACAAAAAGGAGGGAAUUUUCUGCCCUUAGAUGCACCGUCCACUGUGACAGUCAAGCCAUCCAAAGAGGAGCCCCCUACUCUUGAAUUAAAACCUCUUCCUUCUCAAUUAAAAGCUAUAGGAUGGAGCAUAGCGGAUAUCAAAGGAGUUAGCCCUUCGGUUUGCAUGCAUAAAAUUCUGCUGGAGGAGGGCCACAAGUCGAUUGUUCAGCCUCAAAGACGCCUUAAUCCUAACAUGCAAGAGGUGGUAAAAAAGGAGGUAAUCAAAUGGUUGGAUGCAGGUAUUAUUUUUCCUAUCUCUGAUAGUACUUGGGUGAGCCCUGUGCAAGUAGUGCCUAAAAAGGAUGCCAAACCUAGGUUGUUGAGAUGGAUUUUGUUGCUGCAAGAGUUUGACUUAGAAAUUAAGGAUAGAAAAGGUGUAGAAAAUUCUGUUGCUGAUCAUUUGUCUAGGAUAGAUGAGGUGUAUGUGGAAUGUGGGGAUGAUCAACUUUUUCUUGACGAGUUUCCAGAUGAGCAAUUGUGUUUAGUUUCUUUGUGUGCUUUGUCUUCUUUACCUUGGUACACAGAUUUUGUUAAUUAUCUUGUGAGUAAUGUCUUACCUCCUAACUUAUCUUUUCAACAGAACAAGAAGUUCUUUUCUGAUAUUAAACAUUAUUUGUGGGAGGAACCAUUUCUUUACAAGAUAUGUGGCGAUGGAAUGAUUCGGAGAUGUGUACCACAAGAAGAGGUAAAUGCAAUUUUGAGUUUUUGUCAUGACAAAGAAGUUGGUGGUCAUUUUGGUGCCUCCAAAACAACAUCUAAGGUUUUGCAAUGUGGAUUUUAUUGGCCUUCUUUAUUUAAAGAUGCUUAUGCUUAUGUAAGUGCAUGUGACCAAUGCCAAAGAACUGGUAAUAUUUCUAGGAGACAUGAAAUGCCUUUGACUAAUAUUUUGGUGUGUGACAUAUUUGAUGUUUGGGGCAUAGAUUUCAUGGGUCCUUUUCCUUCAUCUUUUGGCAAAGCAUAUAUUCUUGUUGCGGUAGAUUAUGUGAGUAAAUGGGUAGAGGCUGUUGCAUGUUCUACUAAUGAUGCUAGGGUGGUGGUUAAAUUUUUGAAGAGUAAUAUUUUCACUAGAUUUGGCACACCUAGGGCUGUUAUUAGUGAUGGAGGUAAACACUUCUGUAAUAGGCAAUUUGAAAAUUUAUUGGCUAAAUAUGGUAUUACCCAUAAAAUUGCUAUUCCAUAUCACCCUCAAACAAGUGGACAAGUUGAGGUGUCUAAUAGGGAAUUGAAAAGAAUUUUGGAAAAAACAGUUAACUUGUCUAGGAAAGAUUGGUCACUCAAAUUAGAUGAUGCACUUUGGGCUUAUAGGACAGCUUACAAAACUCCGAUAGGUAUGUCUCCUUAUAGAUUAGUUUUUGGUAAGGCUUGUCAUCUUCCUGUGGAACUUGAGCAUAAGGCAUAUUGGGCUAUUAAAUACUUGAAUUUUGAUUUGAAAGAUGCAGGUGAACAUAGAAAAUUGCAGUUAAAUGAAUUGGAAGAAUUACGACUUGCUGCCUAUGAAAAUGCCAAGAUCUACAAGAAACGAACCAAGGCAUGGCAUGAUCUACAUGUGCACAAGAAAGAGUUUCAUGUGGGUGACAAGGUUCUUCUUUUCAAUUCUCGACUGCGACUCUUUCCAGGUAAGUUGAAAUCCUGAUGGAGUGGUCCUUUUGUGGUGACUAAGGUUUUCCCUUAUGGAGUUGUUGAAAUUUCACAUGAUACUAAGGGAACGUUUAAGGUAAAUGGCCAAAGGUUGAAAAUUUAUGUUGAAGGUGGUAAUUUUCCAGCAUUUAAUUCCACCAUUUUAUUGAAAGACCCUUGAUCAUUUUGCAGUGAUAGUCAAGCUAAUGACUAUAAAGAAGCACUUAAUGGGAGGCAACCCAUAAAAAAAAAAAAUUGUUAUUUGACAUUUUUUUGUUUUGCAUUGAGUUAUUUAAUUCUUUUAUUCAUUUUUUUUUAAGUUUGUUCUUUGACAUUUUCUUUUUAUUCAAUUCUUUUAUUCAUUUUCUUUUUUCUAAUUUUGGCUGGGUUAGCUUUUUAUUACCCUUUUUGUAGCAGUUUAGACAACUAUAACAAGAACUUUUGGCUCUAGAGGAACACACUGCAUGUCUAUAACAAGAAGAGCAAGAUAGGGGAGUAUUGUCUUUCUUCUCUUAUUUAAUUUUUUUACAUUGAGGACAAUGUUAAUUUUAAGUUUGGGGGAGGAUAUUUUUUUGUGUUCUUGCUUUUGUUGUGGUUUGAAGUGAUAGAAUAUUGGAUGCAUGUGUGCGAGUUUAAGUUUCCAGCAUGGUAUGAAUAUAGUCAGAUGAGCCUAUACAUAUUUUUGUUGCAUAGAUGCUGCAAGUGAGGGAUAUUGUUCUUUUUUUAUGAUUAGGUCAAAAUUUAAUAAUACCUUGAUGAGAGG